UAGGGUGAGUGUGACAGAGGUAUGGAAGGAGUGACACUAGAUAAGGAUGUAAUAGAUGCAUAAAUUAAACGACUGUCUUUUUUUUAAAGCUAAAAUCAUAUUAAUACUACGAGUUCAAGAACGACCACCAUUGUUACAAGCAACUACAAACAUAGUGCCGACGUUGCGAGAUCUCUGUUGAUUCCAUUUCAAUCAGGUUACCUUUCCCUGUUACAAUCUUCCUGUUGAUCACCUCCCGUAUUAAUCACCUUACCUUUCCCUGUUACAAUCUUCCUGUUGAUCACCUCCCAUUUAUUAUUUGAUUAUCUAGUACACUCCUAACCUCUUCUCCGCCUCUCCUCCACCUCCUCUUGUACCGUUUUGUCACUUACUAAGCUAUCACUUGUUUCUAAGAUCGACACUCCGUCUGCCACUAAGCUUGACCUAACAAGAUUUUGAACAAGCUCUACUAAGCAAUUUUUCAAGAGGACCUUUACAAUCACAUUCACUUACACUUGUUUUUGUUCAGAUUCAUUAAUAUUAGAUAGUACCAUUGGUUACUUGUACUUCCAAUUACAUAAUUGACCACCCAUAUUAGACGCAAUGGCCAAUUCCAACGUUAAAACUCGGAUACGUGCUCGUGGCCUGCCCGGAAGCUCUAUGAGCAAUGCAAACAAUGAGGAAUCACUCAUAGACGAAAAAGGAGGCGAUUUUGGUUCCCUAACAAAUAAAGGAAACAAUAAGAAGAGACAGAAUAUACCUAACGGGAACUCGAUAAGCGACCGUGAAGCAGCAGAAUCUUAUGAGCAGUCGCAUAUGGAUCAUGUAAUUAACCUCCACCGUAACAGGUCAUUCAUAUAUUAGGCUAGUCGAUACGUCUGCUGAUAUGAUGCAGAUACUGACCCGAGACAGAACGAAGCACAUGGAAAUAUUCGUGUCGCGUCUGGUGCGACGACUUAGCAUCAUCAGAUACAGAUUGUUAGCAAGACUAAACAAAACGACUUCAACUGUUCACAGACCUCCUGCUUUCAUUUUUCGUCGGCCCGCAAGAAGAAGUGGAGGAUGAUCGCUGGUACAGUAAUAGUGACCGCCGGGGCUUGGUUCUUCUUCGUAUAUUCAGCCUCGUCAGGGGAAAAACUAGUACCAGUGAAGAUGAAGGAAGCAGCUGCAGCUACAACUGGCACUGGGGAGAAGGUAUUUACAAGGUUUCUUAGAACAAAGGGACAGGGAACAACCAGUGGUACCGUGUAAGAAAGAGUCCUAGACAUGAUGGCGCAUAUCUUUUGUCCACACGGAACAACUAAUACUAUCAGAACAGCAACAGCUACAACACUGAACAAAGAUCGAAAAAUCCUUAUCCUUUCUGCUCAGAUAUAAAUCGUAGAUCCACGCCCCUCUGUGGUCUCAACAACCAGAAACAGCACGACAACCAGAACUCUACUCAACCCCUCUCAGAAAAUCAAGUUUCCGGUGCCACCAGACACACGACCCGCACAGUGUCUUAAAAAAACUCCGAAAUACGACGUAGGCAAUAGCACAGUUUCAAUCGUUAUACCAUAUCUUCGGGAAAAGUAUGUGCACAUUAAUUAAGGCUGCAAGAAAUCCUUCUUUCCGUCCCGGCAUUCUGUGAAGACCGCUUUCGAAAGAGAAAGCGGGAGCAAAGAUGAGCCUCAGGAUGGAUUUGUGGUAGUGCUAAAUCGAGGGAACGGUUGGGAGCAUAAUAGCACACACGCCAGCAAACUUGCUCAAGUUAUGAUGAUUUUGCUCUAGAGGAAAUCUGACCAUGACAAACACAAUCUAGAACUAAACGCGACUCUCUGGACAGCAUUGCAAAUGCUGCAGCUGAGUUUUAGAGGAAAAAUAGCAUUACGUCCUCAAUUCCAUUUUUGACUUCAUCUACGGCAUUCCUAGGUCGUUCCUCUUGAUUAGAGGCUCUAAUCCCGGAGAUCAUCUUUAUUUCAGACGGAAAUAACGAGAAGGAAUCCCACCAGGAAAAAAUUGAGCAGCUAAGCCCGCUGGCCCGAGUCAUCAGGCUGCCUAGCAGGUAUAAAGAUUAAAGUCAAACGUCUCCUCGCGACUCGCGUACACUCACUCUCACACUAUCAUCGAUGUGAAUUCGUUCUCACACUAUCCAUCGUCGAUUUGAACUCGUGAAGAUAGAGUUUUGAUUUCCAUGGUCUUCUACAUCUACAUCCACUGCAAACAGGAGAAUAGUAUAUCGUGUCCAUCACGAGGACCAUGUUCUCUGUCAAAUAACUACAGUGACUCAUCAGUCUGAUGGACACGGACAAUGAAUAAUCUCAGAAUCAGACGUCGUGGUUCUUGUUGUUGUCCCUUUUCUUAACACGUAAUCCUUCAUCUUUGAUUUGGAUUUCAACUCACAGAUAUUUAAACAAAGGUUAAAUGAAGAUUUCAGGUGUACGAAGUUUUGCCUUGUUCCUCUAACACCUCCUGGUGAGAUCUUCUUUGGAAGAGUACCAAGAUCAUCAGUUCCUUCCUCUAAUUCCUUUCGACUCAGGCUGUAUGCCAACGGAAGUCCCCAGAGGAGGCAUAAAGAAUGGUAUGUUGCAACUUACCCUCCCUUUCCUGUGGGAUGAGGUAUCUUUGAGCACGCUGACAAUCCUUGAGAUCCCCUGAUAGUACUAAGUACUUGAGGUUAGUCUUAGUCCUAUCGUCCUUAGGAUUAGCUAGCUGUGAAGCCUAUCGCAUGAUGAGUCUUACCCCCAAAAAUGAGAAUAAGUCGAAUCCGAAUUUUGGUGACGACUUCCAAUGGUACUAAGCAUUCUGACGCGACAGCUUCCAAUUGUAGUUCAACAAAUGAGACCACAACCCUCAGGCACGGUCUCAUUUACGCGAAGCAGCUAGGAGCAAAAGAAGCCAAGGGAGACGUGGUUAUGUUCUUCGAACCCCAUUUAUGGGUGAACUUGGACUUUUGUAAGUGUAGUUGUACAGGAGGUGAAGAUGAUUAACACUAGGAUUUAGUCAGGAGCAUGGUUGCUACUUGCUAGGAAAAGCUGUGUGGAACUACGUCAAGAGCAGUGAGUAGCCCUUUCAUCAUACUGUAGGAUGACGUCAACCCCCAUGAUUCAUCGUACUAGUAUCUUCCAUUGAAAAAUUCGCUACCCCAACGAACACCCUUUCUUCAUAUCACUGCAUAGUAGGUUACAACUGGCUGGAGCCCUUGGUGCAUUACGUGAGGAUUAACCCUAGAUCGCUAGUAUUGCCGACGUUAGACUACAUACCGCAAGACAAUUUCCGGUCCUAUGCAAAGGCGGCGAACGGUCGGUACCGAUUUGAGUGGAACUUCAACCUCAUCUACACCAACCCGCCAACUGGAGUGGAUCCAGAUACUAGCCGGCCCUACUUUGCCCCGGCAACUAGUGGCGGAAUUAUGGAGUCGGGGACGAUUGGUCGUAGUUGUCAGAAAUUUAGAUAGCUGAACACCCUAGACACACUACCCUCUACUACCUCCUCUAUCUGCAUCUCAAACAACUUCUCAAACAAUAAGCUUCCCCUUAGAUAACAAGAAUCAACACCUUCCCCUCGUUUAGUACUACCCGGCCAGCCUUCAUUUCGUUUUUCGCAAUCAAGAAGCAGUUUUUUCUCGAGUUGGAGCUGUUCGACGUGCCUAUGAAACAAUGGGGUGGUGACCAGAUCGAACUUAGUUUUAAUUAUGGCUGCAUAUACUUAGUGCCAUCAACAUGUUGGCAUCUUAGACAGCAUCUACAUCUUGGUUCCGUUUCAGAAGGGAAAACAGGGACCAAGAUGAAGCAUCUACAUCUUGGCUCCGCUAAGGGGAGAUGGAGAACUACAGUGAACAAGAUGAAUAAAUUCAAGACGGAUAAUCUUAUAUAUAAAUAUAUGUAAUGUUCUAAUUUAGAGCCUGGCGUUGUGGAAGUGGCAUCACUGUGGUGCCGUGUGCACGGGUCGGACAUCUUUUCCGCGAUGUCGCUUUUCGCCCAUAUCCAGUGGAUGUACCACAGGUAGGAGUCGUCUUGUGCUCGUUGUACUAGUACUACAUGUAAGUAAGUUUGGGGUUUAGGGUUGGUUAAGGUGGGUAAGUAAGUUAAAAGCUAAAGUUAGGGUAGGUUAAGGUGGUAUACAAACAUGGAAGAGGCCACGAGCACGACCAACAUUAGGAGACUACUAAUACUAUGCGAAGAAGGAUUUUCAGGUGGACGACCUUCUCCGUUCAACAGAAUGACAAUAGUACGAAUAAAGAACGGAUGUUAUAAUGACAUACAAAUAAACGGAUGGUGGAUCAUUCUCCUCACGCGGCACCUGCAAAAAUUCACAGGUCGUCGAGAAUUACGCAAAACUAGCAAGAGUUUGGCUGGAGCCGCCAUAUCUAGAGGCCUUCUACAAGGUGAAGCCGGAGGCCAGGGGCAUGGCAAUGAAGGAUGACCUCUCCAUUAGCGCAAAUAACUUCAAGCGACUUCAAUGCAAAAGCAUGAAUUGGUACCUAACACUCUUUUACUGCUCAAGAUGAAAUGAUCUUCCAGGAUAAGUCGUCUAUUUGUGAUAGCAUCUGGUGAAUAGUUUUUACCAACGAUGGCCCUUUGUUCUUUUCAGACUCGACGAUAUUACAAUUUCUGCUGGUUCGUAGGGAUACGCGAACGCGCGAGUCUUGUAUUCAAUGAAGACCGAAGACCUUGGGUAUUACGUCAUCACAAGCACAGGUACAUAACAAACGUGGAUUUGGAGCUUGGUUGGGAGGCCACACGAAUAUGUAUUCCUGGCGCAAAAGGCCACCCAAGCGGCUGCGAGCUAGAUGCAGCAGCUCCAGGUUAUGAUUUAGAUGUUUGUUGUCCAGUGAAUUUAUCUCUCAAAAGUAGACAGGUAUUGUAUAGCUACACAAGAGAUGCCAUGAAAUGACACAUAAGAGUACAAGAAGCGCCGCGGUUGUCUCUCAUCUCCUGUUACUCCUUUCUGCAAGGACCUACCAACACCUGAGCUAGGGCGUCGCACUAGUAGAUGAAAUCUCCAGUAAUACGAUAUCAGCCCCAUCCUCCAUACCUUUUCAUAUCACGCGAAGUACGAUUGACCGCGUCAUGCCAGAGGAGGAGUAUAGGGAUUGGGCCGCCGAUAGCGAGAUAUGGAGCAACCUUGACGAGCUCCUAGACAACAUUGACAAGUCUAUCACAGAAAGCUAG